CGAAGCCAGGCCCGGCCCAGGUCGGGCUCGACAGACGAUGCUCCGGGAGAAGGAGGCACGGAGGGCCGCAUACAUUGAGGGGAGCGACCUAGAGGAAGUGGAAGAUGAGGCAUAUACACCCAGCAGAAGGAAGACAGAGAAUAUCGAAAGACUAUCGGCGACCACCAGCGCCCUGAUUCGUGCAAGCUCGACCUUUCCCUCGUUUUCAUUGAUCGUGGCCGAAGUCGUCCGCAACGCUCUCGAUGCUCAUAAUGUCAAGUCAGUCUCUGCCGAGCUCACCUUUGCUCCAGAGUGGCAGGUUAGGUGCGAGGAUGACGGCGAAGGCUUCGAGGAGAAAGCAUGGCCAGGUAUGACAUGGGACAAGGUCCUUGAGGUAUCGACCAGCGCGACUCCGCCAUUCAUAGUCGGAAGCAGCUCUGCUCGUCGCAGUCGUCAAUCGCUCUCUCAACUUGCGCACCUGGGCACCCUUGACAUAUUGACCGCCGUUCAGGGCAGCCAAGCCAAGUCGCGGCUUCUCGCUCAGGAUGACAACAUCAUCUUCUGUGGUCCCCACGCCGCAGCUGCCAGUGGCUCGCAUCGAGGCUCGACAGUCGUAGUUCGCAACCUCUUCGCCAAGGUAGGAGAAGAGAAAAAAAUUGCGCAUGAUUGUAGCAGAAGUUCUGACUGCUUGCUUUCUCUAGCUCCCUGUACGCCGUCAGGCCCUGGCGUCAGCCUCUGCGGUUCGAGCUGAGCUGGAAGAAUGCCGUCGUCUAGUCGCGCUCGAGUCGCUGCGCAGACCAGAGGUCAGGUUAAAGGUGUCGGUACCCACUUCGGCAAGAGAUCGCGUGUUGCUUGACGUUGGACGUGUGAGUGACCAGCUCAGCACAACACAGCUUACCUUGUGAACCAGCCU